CACAAGCCGCAAACCAGCCUGACUAGGUGAAAAAAGCACUGGUCCAAGAAAAGGAAGUGACCGGCCACGGGAACCGGAGCAAUGAAGGUGCUUGUCGCGGUGGACGACAGCGACGGCAACCGCCACGCGCUGGCCUGGGUGCUCGACCACCUCUUCCCGGCCGCCGAUCAGCAGCCUCGGGCCGCGCUGGUGCACGUCCACGCCCAGGAGCCGCUCCGCCACAUCAUGUACCCGGCCGGCCCAGGACCAGCGGUGUACGGCGCGCCGUCGAUGAUGGAGUCGGUGCGGGCGGCGCAGGCGGAGACCGCGCGCAGCCUGCUCGACAGGGCCAAGCGGAUUUGCCACCGACGACGACGGGUAAGUCGCCCGUGCUGGUCAUGCGUGACGUGCGUUGCACGCGCGGGGCGGCGGAGGCGUGGUUGCAUCUGCACGUGCAGGUGAUCGCGGAGGCGGUGGUGGAGGAGGGGGAGCCCAGGGAGACGCUGUGCCGCGCCGCCGCCGACAUGAGCGCUGGCCUGCUCGUUGUCGGUAGCCGCGGCCUCGGCGUCAUCAAGAGGUACGUUGCUACGUGUUGCAACACCGAUUGGA